GCUUUAAAAGAUCAAAAUUCAACUACGUCACGAUACAUGUUACUACUAUAUUAUCUACAAAUUUUCAAAUUUGAAUAUCCUUAAACUGAUUACCAAUUAUUAUCUCAAAAUCCAACACACUUCAUUUCAACUCAAGUUCUCCUUUAUUUCGAUCAGUUCGAUAAUUCAUAACCAUGUAUUCAUCAAUUGUAUCAAUAGUUUUGCUUUUUUUAUACCUUACUAACUUGAAUUUAGUGAAUAUUGAAGCUAAAGAAUUAAAAUAUGAAGACAACGAUUCUGGAAAUCCUUUAUUCCUAACACCACUAAUUGAAAAUAACCAGAUAGCAGAAGCGAGAAGUUUAGCUGAAGUACCAUCUGAUAUUUUUAAAAAUGUAAAAAGUUAUUCAGGAUAUUUCACAGUAGAUAAAAAUUUUGAUUCAAACUUGUUCUUUUGGUUUUUCCCAGCUAAAGAAGAUUAUGAAAAUGCCCCUGUGCUACUUUGGUUACAAGGAGGUCCAGGUGCUUCAUCGUUGUACGCUAUAUUUAAAGAAAACGGGCCAUUUUUGAUGAAAUCAGAGCUGGAGUUAAAUCCUUACUCUUGGACAAACACCCACUCAGUUAUAUACAUCGACAAUCCAGUACAAACAGGUUACAGCUUUACAGUUAAUGGUUUUGCUCAAAACGAAACGAAAGUUGGUGAAGAUCUUUAUGAAGCACUGAAACAGUUUUUUGCCCUUUUUCCUGAGUUACAAACUAACGAAUUCUUCGUAACUGGUGAGUCGUAUGGAGGUAAAUAUGUUCCAGCAGCUUCUUACACUAUUCUUAAAAAGAACCCAACUGCUGAUUUUAAGAUAAAUUUGAAAGGUAUGGCUAUUGGAAACGGAUUAUGUGAUCCUGAGAAUCAGAUGAAAUAUGGUGAAUAUCUGUAUCAAAUUGGACUGGUAGAUACGUCAGGGAAAGAGCAGAUUGAAAAUCUUGAAAACGAUUUAAUAACAGCCAUACGCAAUAAAGACUUCAACAAAGCUUUCCUACUAUUUGAUGAUCUGUUAAAUGGAGAUCUGAAUGGAGGAAAUACUCUUUUCAAGAAUUUAACGGGCUACAACCACUACUUCAAUUAUUUGUACAAUGAGAAUCCUGAUAAUAACGAUGUGGAUAUGAGUUACACUGAAUUCCUUCAAACUUCAGAUGUACGUAAAGCAAUUCAUGUUGGAGAUUUAAUUUACCAUGAUGGUGUGGAAGUUGAACAACAUUUGGUAGAAGAUUUGAUGCAGUCUGUAGCUCCUUGGAUUUCAGAAUUGCUUAGUAAUAUAAGGGUUCUUUUUUAUAAUGGUCAAUUAGAUAUUAUAGUUGCUUAUCCUCUGACUGAAAACUUUUUGAAACAUUUGGACUUUGAUGCUGCCGAAGAAUACAAAACAGCUGUUAGGAGUAAAUGGUACGUUGGGAACGAAUUAGCAGGAUAUAUCAAACAAGCAGGAAAUCUAACCGAAAUUGUUGUUAGAAAUGCAGGACAUAUGGUACCUGGAGAUCAACCUGAAGUAGCACUGGAUCUUAUUACAACAUUUACUAGAAAUAAGAUUAAUCAAAAUUAGAAAUUUCAACAAAAACAAAAUUAUCAACUAUUAAGGAAUUAAAUAAACUUUAUUUCUUUAUAUUAUUUUGAAAUAACUUAUUUUAGUUUCUUAAAAGGAGAUGAUGAUUUAUAGGUUUACUAUUUUUUUUCAAAAAUAAAAAUUAUAUAUUUUACAAAAUACUUGAAUGAAUGAAACAAAGAUUAACAUUAAAAGAUGCAGAUACAGAACAUUUACUCUGGUAUCUUCCAUGUAGCUCAUUUCAAGGGCCAAUCUUUGUCCAUUCUUUCUAAGUGACCUAGCCAUUGUCUUUAUAAACGUGCUGAUUGGUGACUCAUUAAAAAGUGUGUAAAUUA